AUGUCGAUUCACAAAACUACCUGGGAAUCUGGCAUAACAAAAUUUGGCAGAGAGAACAGCGAAGUGAGGGGCACAUAUGAAAAGCGGACCGAAAAUCAGCCAGGAAUUCGUACAGUAAAGUAAGUUUGAUUGGCCAAUUCUAGCGAACGAGAAUUCUCCUAUUUUCCUAGAAACUUCCUCACUUCUUGGUUGAUUCCAGCUCUACGGAACCUCCAAUUCAUCCCAUCUUUUCGCGAGCCGCCAUCACCCAAUCCGAAAAGCCGUUAGCAGGUCAAAAUGUCAUAGAUGUUUCGAGUUUCGCCUUACUUCUACUCGAAACGUCAGCCAGCCGACGCUCCGUGGGGGGCUUUGGUACUGCCGUCUGA